AUGACGUCUACUAUACCGACAUUGGUCGUAAGGGCCGCUGAAUCGACAGGUACUAUUACGACGAUGCCCAUGUCGAGUAUCUUCACGGCGCCCGCCUCGUGCUCGAACUCGUGGACAUAUGAACCAGAGGCUGCAAACCGAGUCCCAAAUGGCCUCCUAAUACAAAAUGCCGUCGAUAAGGACAAUGCCGAUCCUGCGUGUUUCCCUUCUGGAUACAGCCAGUAUGGAAGAGUUCGGCCAUCUAUCGCCUAUAGCCCAGGCUAUUGUCCACAUGGAUACACCUCGGCCGAUUUAGUGAUCCACAGUCCAGCGACUACUGCCAUAUGCUGUCCCUCUGACUUCUCCUACUACGAAGAAAAAAGGGACCUGCAAACGACAUUCGGCGGAUGUCUAAGCGUUUUCCCUAGUUCAUCAUCUACCAUUGUCACCGUCCGCCAGGUCGACGAGGAAAGCACCCAGGUCUCCGGCCCAGUCACUAUGUGGGCUCAAGCAAUCCAAGUCCAGCUGCAAGCAUCAGAUAAAAGCCUAUUUGUCUCCGCCACUACAACCACAACCAAGACCCAAACAUCAUCCGAUGAACCAUCCGAGACCAAGACCUCAACUGGACCAUCCGACACAGCAGCCUCAUCAACCUCUUCAUCAAUACAAACCGGCACAGCAGCCCCAGAAGUCCCAGAAACCCCGAUACCGGCAGCCCCAGGCACAGGAGUAGAGACAAGCGGAUUAUCAACAGGAGCGAAAAUUGGCGUUGGCGUUGGCGUCGGCGCAGCAGGACUCAUUAUAAUUGCCGCACUAUUAUUCUGGUUCUUCCGCCGGCGCCAAGCAAAAGGAGAGAAGAGUCUGCCGGAAACAAAACCAUACGCAGAGAUCAGCGAGCUUGGCGGGAGCACUGAAGCCCAGAGCGUGUCAUACCAACGCCCAGCACACGAGGGAACACCCAGCGAGCUUGGUGGGAGCUCGCAGGCAGCAGAGUCUAGCAUUGUGAACACGAGGACGACGGGUCCUUCUGAACUUCACGCGACAAGUGGCGGCCCGAAGUUCGUACAUGAACUUGGAGCUUAA